CGUGGCAGCUACCGGGGGCGUGGCUUCCGGCGGCUCGCGCCCGUGAGGAGCGGCGGCUGACAGGCGCUCCUCCCCAGACGGCGGUGGCCGGAGCCCGGCGAGGCGGGCGGCUUCUAGCUCGCGUCCUCGAGUCCCGGCCCGCGAGCCUCCAAGGCCGCGCCGGGGCAUGGAAGAGGAGAAGAUGGAUGAGAAUGAAUGGGGGUACCACGGGGAAGGCAACAAGAGCCUGGUGGUGGCCCAUGCGCAGCGCUGUGUUGUGCUACGUUUUCUGAAGUUUCCUCCAAAUAGGAAGAAGACCUCAGAAGAGAUAUUUCAGCACCUGCAGGACAUAGUGGACUUCGGCAGAAAUGUCAUGAAAGAGUUUUUGGGGGAGAACUGUGUGCACUGUGGGGAAGUUGUUCAGCUGCCUUUAGAGUUUGUGAAACAGUUAUGUUUAAAGAUACAGUCUGAAAGACCAGAGUCUCGCUGUGACAAGGACCUGGACACACUCAGUGGUUACGCUAUGUGCCUUCCUAACCUCACCAGACUCCAGACCUACUGCAUUGCAGAGCACCGGCCCAUUCUGUGUGUGGAGAUUAAGCCAAAAUGUGGGUUCAUUCCUUUCUCGAGCAGUGUCACCCAUGAGAUGAAGCAUAAGGUGUGUCGCUACUGCAUGCACCAGCACCUCAAGGUGGCAACUGGAAAGUGGAAGCAGAUAAGUAAAUACUGUCCCCUUGAUCUCUUCUCAGGAAACAAGCAGAGGAUGCACUUUGCCCUGAAGAGCCUGCUGCACGAGGCACAGAACAACCUGAAGAUAUUUAAGAACGGUGAGCUGAUUUACGGCUGUGGUGGUGCCCGGAGCCCAGCGGCUGACCUGCGGGAGUUGGCGCACCAGCUGAAACCCUUUUUCUUCCCCUCCAAUGGCCUGGCCGGGGGCGCCCAGUGCACACGGGCUGUGGUCCGGGAGCUGGUGCAUGUCAUCACGCGGGCGCUGCUGAGCAGCUCGGACAAGGGCCGGGCAGGGGCCUUGAGGCCAGGGCCCCGGGGCCCGCUUGUCUGUGAGGCCAGCCCAUUCAGCCGGAGCUUCCACCGCCAAGGAAAAAACACCCCAGAGCGGUCGGGGUUACCGAAGGGCUGUCUUCUGUACAAAACCCUCCAGGUGCAGAUGUUGGACCUGCUGGACAUCGAAGGCCUCUACCCUCUGUACAACCGGGUUGAGCGGUACCUGGAGGAAUUUCCCGAGGAGAGAAAAGUGUUACAAAUAGAUGGGCCUUAUGACGAAGCAUUUUACCAGAAGCUGCUCGAUCUGUCCACGGAGGACGAUGGCACAGUGGCCUUCGCAUUAACGAAGGUGCAGCAGUACCGCGCGGCCAUGACUGCCAAGGACUGCUCCAUCAUGAUUGCACUGUCCCCGUGUCUGCAGGACACCAGCCCCGAGCAGAGGCUCAUUGUCCCCGCCUCGAGGGCCCGGAUGGCCUUCUCGGUGUCUGCGCUGGACCUGGACCUCAAGCCGUAUGAGAGCAUCCCUCACCAGCACAGGCUGGACGCCAAGAUCGCCAGCUAUUACGCCAAGACUGUGCAUGCCAAAGAUGGCGCCGUGGCACCCACCCGGUUCAAGGAGCGUGAAGACUGCACGCUGGUCCUCCACAAAGUCUAAGUCCCCGCAGCCCUGUGGGCCUGCACUGUGAGAGCGGAGUCCGGGUGAGAACUUGUCCUGCUGUGAAGGUGAAGCCAUCUCUGGGAGAGGCUACACUGAGCACCAGAGCAUCUCGGGGACAAGGGACAGGGGAUGGGUGCCACGGCCCAGGGAGCGCUCACGCUCCCAGGAGGUGGUGUCCGCCAGCCCUGGGCAGCUGCCUGCGGGCCUCUGACCGCCGGACCUGUUACACAGAAAACUUAGACUGUCACGGACGUCUUAGAGCUUGGAGAUACUGGAACUUUCUCCUCAGUGCAAGCCACACAGCCCAGGCCCUGGGGGACCCGGCUGCCAAGGGACCUGUCCUGGGUGGUGCAGGCGCAGGUUCCUGCGGAGGUGCCCUGGCCAGCGCUUGCCCAGAGGUUGGUGGGGGCGCGAGACUCAGGUCAGGACAAGCACCACUCAUGCGGGCACCCACUUUCUGCUUUUGCUUUAUGGUUUGUUUUGGACUCUAAGGGAGGCGAGGCGCCCUUUCCUACCUGACACUGCUGCUGCAGAGGCUGCAGGCAGAGCUGCACCUCACUGAGGAGCCAGGGUCGAGGUGCAGGCAGCCGCUAGUGGUCCAAGACUGAGGGUCCUGUCCUCCCCGCCACACCCUUCCCUUAGGCUGCCGUGAGGGCCUGGGCCUGGCCGCCGUGGGCUGCAGGAGGUGCAGAUCCCAGUGUGCACAGGGAGGGUCUUGUUGGGGUCACCAGAAGUGUGCCCGGCUGCUAUGAAUCACUGGGAGUCUUGGCCUCAUUUUAUAUUCUAUGCUAGGUUGUACAGCUAUUUAUACAUCAUUUGAGGGACUAAUGAAGGCUUAGUGUAACAUAUUAUAUUAAUGAAACCAUGAAAUUGUAUGAAAAUGCUACAUGAAAAAUGAGGAAAAUAUUUUGCUGAUUGUAAAUUUUUGUGGGAAAUUUUGUGAUAACUUGAAAAUUACACUUGUUUGAUUGAAUCAAGACAA